AUGAAGGCUUUCAUUCUUCUUGCUCUAUUCGCAGUGGCAUAUGCUGCUCCCAUUGAGGAUGAGGAUGACAAGAUUGUUGGAGGCUACGAGUGCAGAAAGAACUCUGUUCCCUACCAGGUGUCUCUGAACGCUGGCUACCACUUCUGUGGAGCUUCCCUGAUCUCCAGCACCUGGGUGGUGUCUGCUGCUCACUGUUACAAGUCCCGCGUCCAGGUGCGUCUUGGUGAGCACAACAUCGCUGUCAACGAGGGCACCGAGCAGUUCAUCAACUCUGCCAAGGUCAUCCGUCACCCCAGAUACAACAGCCGCAACCUGGACAAUGACAUCAUGCUGAUCAAGCUGAGCGAGCCCGCCACCCUGAACAACUACGUCCGCACCGUUUCCCUGCCAUCCAGCUGCGCCAGCUCUGGCACCCGCUGUCUGAUCUCUGGAUGGGGCAACACCAGCAGCUCUGGAAGCAACUACCCUGAUCGCCUGAGGUGUCUGGAUGCCCCCAUCCUGAGCGACAGCAGCUGCAGGAGCUCCUACCCUGGACAGAUCACCUCCAACAUGUUCUGUGCUGGAUUCCUGGAGGGAGGCAAGGACUCCUGCCAGGGUGACUCUGGUGGCCCCGUGGUGUGCAAUGGUCAGCUGCAGGGUGUGGUGUCCUGGGGUUACGGCUGUGCCCAGAGGAACAAGCCUGGAGUCUACGCCAAGGUCUGCAACUACAACUCCUGGAUCCGCAGCACCAUGUCCUCCAACUAAAGUCACUUUACAGUCAUUUGUUGUGAGACAGGAGAGUGCAUAUCCUUUUAAUAAAUAAAUAAAACCCAAUACUCAUUCAUCUGCUUG